AUGGCUAAUAAUAUUCGAGGGGGCGGCCUGUUUGGGCACACUCCAGCCCCAGCAGCACUUUUCGGAAACCCAGAGCGACUUGACCGUGAGGGUGAGCAGUCCAGUGAACCUCCACCGCCGUAUAGGUCUCGCGUGUCACACAGUCCAGACGUAUUCCGGGGACCUACUCUGUUCCAGGGUCCAAGCCUGUUCCAGAAGAGACGGAGACUCCGCGAGGAACAUGACCGAGAGAGACGGAGACUCCGCGAGGAACGCAAACGGGAGCUGAUAAAAGAGCGUGGGGCUUCGUAUCCUGCAGACCAAUUUAUCGACCAAAAGAUUGAAGAGAUGAAACGGAUCGAAGAAGCAAGUCGAAAUCAAGCAGACAGUGUUCCGAUAGGGAGGAGCUUCGACCACCUUGCGUGGGAGAACGUCAAGGCGCGCUGGGUGGAGCAGGGCAUCUGGAACGAGAAGUGGACAGACUUAUACAGCAUGGUGAGGUGGAAGCACGAAGAACCACUCGAGCUCGAUUCUGAAUCAGAGGACGAUUCGGCAGCCGAGGGCGAGCCUCGGCGACUUUUACGAGAGCGCGAACGCGAAGCGUCACGCCCUUUUCAUCAGUUCGUCUAUCAAGUGUCAAAAGAACGCGAACGAAUUCAAGACGAGAUGAAUUCUCCAACCCCGCGGCUCAUAGAUCUUAAUCGGACGUGCCGCAGCACAGCUGAUUAUUACCUUCAUGUCUGGACACCGAAGAGACGUCCCCUGGGCGAUCAAAAUGACGGAAGAGUCACUGACGAGUCUCCUCACGACAUUAAUAUGGCGGCCUAUGUGAGGGUGAAGGAUACCUGGACAAAAAGGGGAAUAUGGAACGAAAAAUGGGAUAUUCUGCCUGGGAUGUCCUGGAAGCAUGAACAGCCGGUUCAGGAGAUGCUUAACGAAGAGGUGGGUUUUGAUUUUGACGCUUAUUGGGCGCCCGCGCCCGGCUGCCAUAGGAAUGAAGGGGAACCUCCCCAGUCGAUAUUCAGGGCCGAUCUACCUGCCGAGCGGAACGAUGCCCUUGUUCAAGCAAACCCGCCCAGCGAUAAUAGGCAAAGAACAGAACAAGCGCCUCCCCGGCCAUUAUUUGGGACCCAUCGACCUGCCGAGCGGAAUAAUACCCUUUUUCAAGCAAACCCGCCCAGCGACAAUAGAUUUGAUCCAACGCAACAACCACCUCACCGGUUUUUAUUUGGGACCCAUAUACCUGCCGGGUCGAACAACCAAGUGUCCAGUAUCCAGAACGCGUCUCAGCAAGCAGAACCACCGACGGACACUGUUCCAGGGGUGCUUGAGAGCCACGGCUAUGGAACCGGGGGUGCACCUUCGAGUCCAAUGCCGGGACCCAACCACGAACUCUGCACCGCUACGAAGGAGCAGACGCUUGCAGGAGGUCGCACACAAUGGUGUCUUCCGAUCAAGGCCCAGGUAGAUCAGUGCUGGUCCAAGGCCUUCACGUCAAGCAAGACCUCGGGGAGUAUCCGGAAGACGUCCAAGUACAGCUAG